AUGAUACCGCGGAAAUUUAACUCCCUGCCCGGCAUGCAUGAAGCUUCUGGAUUCAACCGGCUUCGCAUCUGCGUCGCACACAUUCCGGAGUCCUUAAUGUCAUUUAUUCUUGUAUGUACGUUUUCCAUACGAGUCUAUGACUUUAGAUCCACAUUAACGAACAAAAUUUAGCCUUUUGCCUAUAUGACCCAUUGUCUCUCGCGGUUGUGCGGACCCUAAGGUGUGACCACCGCUUCAGUGUGUAGCGUACUAAACUGACUGGCAUGCCGAAGGCGAAAUAGGCGCCAAAAUUCCUCGUGGCCUCGUAAUCCAACACAGUCGGCAUCGAUGUGCAUGUCGACUUAGACACUCACUAUGAAAAGCUGCUUGUAUGACUUACCGAUUCUCUACGCCACCCCUGUAACCACAGACGCUAAUCCAUAUCCAGUUAUGUGGGAUCUGUUUGAAUAGUCAUCAUUCCCCUACACAGGGUGAGGAACAAUAGAACUCCCAAUACCCCGUCUUCGACACCUUUUGCUACACACAACCCUCCCGCGGGCGUCCAAAAUGCUUUAGUGCAGUGAUCCCACCUCUAAUUACUCACUUAGCCUGACGACAGGUUUGGGUAAGCGACUUGAAAAUUCACGAAGACAGCCUACUCCAACCGUUCCGUUGACUACGAAGUCACGGCGUGAAUAUACACACACACACGGCGUUGUUCAAAGCGCAAAGAAUACUUGAUUUUCCGUGAGUUUUGUGCUUCUGCGGCCUUCAAUGUGUGACGUUAUGCCUCCCACUUCCUCUGACUUACUGAGAAUGGGCUGUCCUAUCGGGGUGUCUUGCAGUUUCGCCACGCUAUUUAGGUGAUUUUGGACAUAUCUGACGAAUAAGGGUGCUCUCCGAUUUGUCGAAAUCUGCCACCCAGGUGAUUUUAAACGUGUUCAACAGGGUGAGGAUUCGCUGACUGAUUAAAAGCACGAAUGUCAGUGUUUGGUGUGAACAUAUAUAUACAGGAUGUUCACAAUGACGCUAGCCACCACCAUCCAAGGAAAUUGAGCGCACGCACUGGAAAACUUCUUCUCUCUAAUAACCUAGCAUAUUUUUGACAUCGGCAUUCCGAAGAACGACGAAAAAGCCGCUGUUUACAUUUCCCUCUACUGUCAUUGUACACUGACUGGGACAACGUUCAAACGUAUUGCUGAGUGGAAUACGUAUCGCGUAUUUUGCUGACCAGUUAUGCAAUACAUGUAUUAUAUGUUUUGGAACGUCUUCCACAUUUACCUGUCGAAAUAGUCUUCUGCUUUGGAAGACAGUCAAGCGUAUGCCUACACUGCCUAAUGCACUUGCUCUCAAAUGGUGUGACACGUUUUACAGGCGCUACAGGAAGUAUGAGAGUCUUUUCAUUUUCAUUGCACUCACUUAUUGCACUGAAACACCUAUGUUCCACUUUACAAAUUAUCAAACAAGUUAGGAAAUUUACGUCCCCAUAUAGGACCAUCUGGCCAUACUGGUAGGAAGGAGUGGUCAGUACUUUCCGUUGCAUAUGCAAGAAAUGAUUACUGGAUCCAAGAUUCUUUUGAUAAGUAAACUUUUAAUAGCAGGAGGAGGAGGAAAAGGAGAAGGAGGAUGAGGAUGAAGAUGAGGAUGAGGAGGAGGAGGAGGAGGAGGUAAUAAUAACCUGCAUUUUCAACGACCAUGUCUUUAAUUUGAAACACGGAAGUAUGUCAAUGGACUUUAUUUGGACGUGCAACCGAUGCCAGUAUCUACGCCUGCCUCCAAAUUCGCUAUACAUUUAUCUAUCUGUCUCCAUACCAUAUGGUCUUGAACGAUGAUUUCAAGAUUUGAUAAUAUCAAAAUUAUGGAAAGAAAAAGCCUUUUUUGUGUUGACUAAGUGUUUUGGCCUCCUCUCGAACAACUCCAUUUAUCAGUGAAUUAAUUGGACAAAAGCAAGCUCCAAUCCCCCCCUGAACUUGCGCAAUUGGAGAACAAAUCCCGUUUUAUGUACUUGCAUGUGUUCAAUGUUAUGAUUAGAGCGAUGCCCUCAAUUGUGGUCUUGUUGUUCAGACAUGUCCUGUGGGGCGUGUCUCCGAGACAAAAUCCCCGAAACCAUUGACCGAACCAAUCGCGACGUUCUUUGGAUCAAAACAACCUGUGACGCCCGCGUCACAUGACUUUAACUUAUUCGCUCUUACCCCCCCCCCUGACUAAGAUUGUGUACUUUUAUCGGUGCGGGCACCAACGCGCCUGACCUGUCCGACAACUCGGACUCGAUCGAUCAACAAUGCGCUGCAAAAUCAAUGCUAGAAACAGCCUGAUAAGUGCAUUUUUGCCGUUGAAACGGCAGUUUACGCACUGGAACACAAACAGAAGUCGCUUGGUGUUCGGGCCGUUAGUCUCGAAUACAUACUCAGGGGCGAUAAUAGAUUAAGGUAGCGAACGGAAGGAUCGUGGGCAGUAUUUUUGCUAUAAGUCCCACAUUGACGAGGAGUUUGUAUUGACAGGUUUUUUAUGCGAUCCGGUCGAAACCCUGGGUUAGGCCACAUGACAGUCCGAGUUAAGACAUCUAGGUUAGAGGUCCGUCACUCGUAAUUCGCUUCGAGACAUGGUCUAAAAUCUUUCGAAAACAAAUAUCAUACAUGAUUUAGCAAAUAUUAGCGGAGCGUACCGCUUAACCGACGCAUUAGUGCUUUUUACUUUCUAUGUAAACUACGGGUCAGCCCAGUGUCUUGCGGAUGAAUCUAUUAUUUGUAAGUGUCCUCUGUGGAAUAAAAAGAAAUCGAUUUUUCAGUCGUAUGCAGGAGUUUAGGUCCUAGCACGCUGACAGGGAAAGGGAAAUAUAUUCAGGGGUUUAUGUUUUAUUCGGACGAAUUCAGUAGAUUCGUUUCACCGACGAAUAAAUAUUCCAGCAGAAGGCAUUCUGCACUAUUCUGUCCCGAGUCGAACAUAGACGUAUAGGGUUUAAAAAACGGGCUUAGGACAGUGGAAUAGUUCAGUCAUAACUAAGGAGAAUACUGAUUUGGUAACAAACCCCUUUAGACCAGUUAAAACAUCUAAUAAAGCAAAUCGCCGACGAGUGCCUUGCAGAUUUUAUCUCGUUCUUCAUUAUAUAGAAGCUGACGUCUAAUUUUGCGUAGCAUGCCGAUUGAUGCGAAGAUUGCCUAAAAAGUUACUGAUGAGAGCAGUGUCCCGCGUAGUAGGAUGCAGUUAAGACUGAAUUCGCUUAAACCUCUAGGUGCUCCAACGCCCGAAAGAUAGUAGACUGAUCCACCUACGUCCACAGUAGUGCCUUUUUGUGGUGCACCGAAAGGCGCUCGCAUGCUCCGCUUGUGUGGCCAGGCGUGCCACCUGCUGCACGCGUGUCUCGCCAUUUGCUGACAUUCACGGUCUUAACAGACGUCAGUAACGUGUUUAUUCGGUUACUGUUAAUUGUUUACUGUUUUGUCAGUAAAGACGAGUGACCUACAGGUGGAAUACAUCACUCACUGCCGAUCAGACCCCACAGUAUGUCUCUUAUCUGGUCUGCAGUGUGUCGCAUUUCGUGCUCCCGCCGGUAUCGCUGUGUGCUGUUUUCUGUCUCCAUUGUAGUCGGAACACUGUUUAUUGUCCUGAGCUUUCGGACUCGUACAGGAGUCCAUCGUCAGAGGUAGUGGCAGCAACAGAACAAGCGACAGUUAUAAGGCAUGUAGGCCAGUCAUCGACCGACGGCGCAAGACUGGAGGUGACUACGCAGGGCUCUGUACGCCGGCUCUAGAUCGAUAAAUCGAUUGACCGAGUUCUCAUCCGAGGCCCAGGCUUUUGUCUCCAUUGUAGACGUCUGAUUGGCUAUGACUUGUAAGCCAGGCACUGACACCCGACGGAUAGCAUGGGCACUAUCACACACUGGGGUACACCAUCUGUCAAGGUUUAUCACUCUGGUUAAGGGACCAAAAUGUGUUGAGAGGCCUGAAUAGCAUGCCAGCCCGCAUUCACGCUGUCUCACGUGAGGUUUUGACACGCACGCACAUGGGCAGUGUGACGGAGACUGGUGGGAUGUAUCGUAGGGUGUGAGUGCUUCGGCAGCCCUCAACUACUAAAAUUGGCAACCACUACAUCAGUCGUAGAUGGUCACACUUGAUACGAUGAUGGAUUGUUUGACUAGUGGACUAUUUACUGGGCGAUGUGACUUAUCAAAGGCGUCGGUAGGAGCGUUGUUUAUCCACAUGCUACCCUAGAGACUAUUUCCUAUUCUCAAACGAAGUCGUAUCACUUAAAAGAGAGCAAGAGAGGCUGUUGCGUUUGUUAGUGUAGUGAGAGCAGUGAAAGCAUGUAAAGGCACUUACGGACUUCAACCUAGUUCAAUUUAGGGUAGACCCCGGAAAACAUUGGAUGAACGACGUCGUGAAAGUCCUCACGUCCACAAUUUUAACCGCGUCCCUCAACGUCAACACACUCAAAAAAACAACUUCAAACUUUGUCCAGCGCUUCAUCCAACCUUUCUCUAACUCCUCCCCCUCCUCCUCCUCCUCCUCCUCCCCCCUCCUCUCCUAUUCCUCCUCCUGCUCUUCCCCAUCUCUCUUCUUCUUAUUCUUGAAAGCCCUGAUGGAAGUGCCGUGA